AUGUCUGACAUGGGCCGUCAAUCGCUUGGGGACAAGGCCGGAGCCGCCCUCAAGCCCGACUCGCAGAAGUCGUACCUCGAGCAGGCCACCGACACCAUCAAGGGCAAGGCCGACUCCGCCGCCUCUUCCGGCCAGCCCGAGUCCCAGAAGUCCUUCACCCAGCAGGCUGGUGACGCCAUCUCGGGCAACCAGAACGAGAACUCCGGCUCGCUCCUCGACUCUGCCAAGAACGCCCUCGGCAUGAACAACAACAACGCCGCCGGCUCCAACACCAAGAACCUUUGA